GGCUGACAGAGGGGGCGGAUCCUGCGCACAGGCGGGCAGCGCCGCGCCGAGCGGCCCCGGCAGCAGCGGGGCUAUUUCAGGAGCCGGGCGGAGGCGGCGGCCGGAGCUGGAGCUGGGGCCGGGGGCAGCGGGGAGCCAUGGGGUUAGCGGCGCCGGUGGGCUGAGCGGGGGUUUGCGAGCGGAGGCGAAGGCAGCCGGGAAACACGCCUUUGCCUCGGAUUGAAGGGAAAAGGAGGUUUUUGGGGGGGCUGCAUCACAACUUGAGCUGCAUCAAGCUGAGACAGGCAGAGAGGGGAGCGGGAGGGGAAGGAGAGGGAGGAGGAGGAGGAGGAGACGGCUGCCACCGGGGGAUUUGGGCUCGUUUUAUUGAAACAAAUCAGUGCUCGGGAGAGAGCGGCGAGGAGGAGGAGGAGAAGAAGGAGGAGGAGGUGGUGGUGGUGGUGGGGGUGGGGGGGCAGGAAGAGGGGGAUCGAGAAAGAAAAGUGUGAGGGCUGUGACUGGGAGAAGCAGAAGUGAUGAGAGAGCGAGCGAGGAGGCUGGAGGAGGCUGCCCGUCCUGCUGCCGCGCCCCGCGGGGACCCUCGCUCCUGCCGCCGCCGGGCGCCGCCGCGGCCACCGCUGCCGCCCCGCCGCCCCCGGCCCGCGUUAUGGAGGCGAUGAACGGCCCCGGCCCCGGCCCGGGGCCCGGCGACGCGCUGCGGCCGCCGCCGCCGCCUUCUCCCGGCCACCACCACCCGCACGCCGAAAAGAAGAGGCUGCACCGCGCCCCGUCGCCCGCCAGACCCUUCCUCAAGGACCUCCACGCCCGCGCCGCCGCCGCCGCCAAGCCGCCGCCCGCUCCCCCCAAGUCGCCCGGCCUCCCCGGCCGGUCGCCCCCGUCGCCGCACCCCGGCUCCCACCCGCCGGCCGCGGGGCUGCUGGCGGCGCCGGGCCGCCUCUCCCGCCGCCCCGCCGCCCCGGGGGGCAAGGCCGCCGCCGCCCCCCUCAGCGCCGCCGGCAGGGCGGGCGUCAAGGCCGCCCCUUGCGCCAAGCGAGGGGCCCGCGGUCCGGAGCCGGGCCCCGGCGGCCGGGGUGGGGGGCGGCAGCAGCCCGGCGGCGAGGCGGCCCCGCCACCCGGCAAGGGCAGGAAGGGGAAGCGGGGCGCCGCGGCGGGCAGCGGCCAUGCGGCGGCGGCGCUGGCCCGCGUCGGCCACACGGACAGCAGCUCCGACCUCUCCGACUGCCCCUCCGAGCCCCUCUCCGACGAGCAGCGCCUGGCCCCGGCGGCCAGCAGCGACGCCGAGUCCGGCACCGGCUCCAGCGACCGGGAGCCGCCGGCCGCCCACACCGCCGCCGAGCAGAGCCGCACCGGCACCGGGCGCGGAGCCCCGCCGCCCCCCGGCCCCCGCGGGGAUCCGCUGCCCGCGCCCCCGGCCGGGGGGAGAGCCCCGAGCCGCGGGGAGCCGGCGGCGGCCCCGGAGGAGCUGCAGCGGGAGGUGGAGGAGCUGCGCUCGGAGAACGAGUACCUCAAGGAUGAGCUGGAUGAACUUCGGGCUGAAAUGGAAGAAAUGCGUGACAGUUAUUUAGAGGAAGAUGUUUACCAGCUGCAGGAGCUCCGGCGAGAGCUGGACCGGGCAAACAAGAAUUGCCGCAUUCUGCAAUAUCGUCUCAGGAAAGCCGAACAGAAAAGCUUGAAAGUUGCACAAACAGGCCAUGUGGAUGGAGAGCUCAUUAGGAGCCUGGAACAAGACUUAAAGGUAGCCAAAGAUGUUUCUGUCAGACUGCACCAUGAGCUGGAGAGCGUGGAGGAGAAACGUGUUAAAGCAGAAGAUGAAAAUGAAAUCCUUCGGCAGCAAAUUAUUGAGGUGGAAGUAUCCAAGCAGACACUGCAAAAUGAGCUGGACAAGUUAAAAGAGAGUUCCCUGAAGAGAAGAGGCAGCAGAGAAAUGCACAAAGAAAAAAAGUCAUUUACCCAGCAGAAUUGCAAAACGGAGCUUCUUGGAAAAUACCAGGCACCAGGCAAAACACAAAGAAAAGUGGUUCUCCAGCGCAAGGAGGACAGUGCUGAUUUGAAGUGCCAGCUGCAGUUUGCCAAAGAGGAGGCAGCACUGAUGCGUAAGAAGAUGGCCAAACUGGGGAAGGAGAAGGAUGAACUGGAGCAGGAGCUCCAGAAGUACAAGUCCAUCUAUGGAGAUGUGGACAGUCCCCUGCCUACAGGGGAGGCAGGGGGCCCACCCAGCACCAGGGAAGCCGAGCUGAAGCUUCGUUUGAAGCUGGUGGAAGAGGAAGCGAACAUUCUGGGCAGAAAAAUAGUGGAACUGGAGGUGGAGAACAGGGGGAUUAAAGCUGAGAUGGAGGAUAUGAGGUGCCAGUAUGAAAAAGAGUGUCUCAGCAGGGACCACAUUUCAAGCAUUCCUACCUCGCCCUACGGCGACUCCGUGGAGUCGGCCACGGAGCUGCGCCGGCACUUGCAGUUUGUGGAAGAGGAAGCAGAACUGCUGAGGCGUUCAAUCUCCGAAAUCGAGGAUCACAACAAGCAGCUAACGAAUGAGCUGAACAAAUUCAAGUUUGAGCCAGGCCAGGAGCCAGGCUGGUUGGAUGACGCGGCAUCCAAGUGUGGCGGCACCUUGCAAGAGGAGCUGAAGUCAGCCAGGUGUCAAAUCAACGAGCUGAGCGGGAAAGUGAUGAAGCUCCAGUAUGAGAACAGGGUCCUGAUGUCUAAUGUCCAGCGUUACGAUCUUGCCUCUCACCUGGGCCUGCGCACUUCCAGCCCAAGGGACAGCGAUGCUGACAGUGAUGCUGGGAAGAAGGAGAGUGACAGCGAAGAGGGUCGCCCACCUCAGCCGAAGAGAGAGGGGCCCAUUGGGGGCGAGAGUGACUCUGAAGAAGUUUAUGAGAAGACGUCAGGUUUUGGGAGCGGGAAGCCGUCAGAAGUCAGUGACCUGUGCUCCACUGAGCUCAUGAGAGUGAAAGAGGACACCGAGUCUUUAAUUAACAUCAAACGUGAGGCUGAGCGGCUUGAAAGGACUGUGGACCGCCUCAUCACUGAUACGGACAGCUUGAUUUAUGACGCAAAGGUGCAUGUAACCAGCAGCCCAUCCACUGAGCAGGAUUUCAAAAGUGGUGAGGAAAUGGGAGAAGAUAAGCACCAACCAGAGCUUCUGGACACCAUCAACUCCAGGAUGAAAGCUUUCCGGAAGGAGCUGCAGACCUUCCUAGAGAAGGUCGAUCACAUUGGGGAGGGUCUUAAGGAGCAGAUGGAGGACCUCUCCCCUCUUCCCCAUCUCACAGAGUCUUCCAGUUUUCUAUCCACAAUGACAUCCAUGUCUCGAGACUCCCCCAUUGGUAACCUGGGGAAGGAGUUGAUCACCGAUUUCCAGUCCAAACUGAGGGAUCAGAUGGAGUGGCAGCUCAAACAAGAUCGUGGAGAGGAGCGAGAGAUUCACCACCAGCGAGCCACCACCGACCCACACCGCAGAGCUGAUGGAGACAUUAAACUCUACAGGCCAGGAGACAAGGGCUGUUUCAGUCUAGAGAAUGUAUCGAUACAGGAGCUUCAGGCUCAGCUUGAGCAGGAGACGAGACUUCACCGAGAGGAGCAAGAAAAGUUUACAGAAAGGAUCAUCCAGCUGGAGGAGGAGCAUAUGCAGACCCUACGGAGGAAAGACUUGGAAGUGCAGAGCUUGACUUUGCAGAACAAACUGGAAGAGAAGACGUGGAGCCAGGAGAAAAGUCUGCUGCAGCAAGAACUCAGGCAUUUCAAGCAGGAUACCUUUCUCCUGUAUGUCAAACUGAAGUGGCUGCUGAAACAUUGGCGGCAAGGCAAGCGAAUGGAAGAGGAAGGGGAGGACAUAUUAGAGAUCGAGCACCCUGAGGCCCUCCCAGAUUUUGGCAUUCAGUCAGAGCAGAAGGCGGAUGAUGCAGAGCGAGAGGAGGAGGAAGAGGAUGUUGUGUUUGCAUUGACAGAUUUCUCCCAGCGUCCCACUACGGAGAGCACUGAUCAUGGACCACAGCUUCAGACUGCAGAAUUACUGCAGCAGCAGAAGCAGGCAAGUGAAAAUCGGAAGCUCCUGAACGCUCUGAAGGGUUUGCUGGAUGACUUCCGCUCGGAGCUGCGGGACGAGGAGCGUGAGCGGCAGGGGCUGCAGCAGCAGUACGCCCUACACAAGGCAGCCUGGGAGGUGGAAAUGACUGAACUGAAGUGUCACCUCGAACAGCUGGAAGGGAAGAGUGAGAACACCUCAGGAGAAACAGGCCUCACGUCUGAUGCAAAGGGAGCUUUUAAAAGGGAAAGAGAGGAGCACAAGAAGCUUCUGGCUGAGAGUCAUGGUGUGGUGAUGGACCUCCGCUGGCAAAUCCAGCACAGCGAGAAGAACUGGAACCGGGAAAAGGUGGAGCUCCUGGACAGGCUUGAUAGAGACCGGCGAGAAUGGGAGCGUCAAAAGAAGGAGCUGCUCAGGCGGAUAGAGCAGCUUCAGAAAGAAGUGAGCCCGCGAAGAGGAGGUGGUUUUCUGUGUGACCAGAAGGAGAGUAACCUUCGUCCAUUUACGACCCAGGGGAACCUUCACGUGCCUCGUACAAUGGGGUCAAGAUCCUACUCUGAUUCAGACGCCAUUCAGUUUGACGAUCGGUCACUGUCUAAGCUGAAGGAGAGCGAUCGGUGCAGCGCCACGGAAAACCUCUUCCUGGAGUCGUUGUCUCUUGAUUCCCCCGAUGAGUCUGAUGAGCACCGGUCUCGGCAGCUGGAGCGGGAGAAAUUCUUGACCGGAUUAACGGAAGAGGAAGAAACACACAAAGGAAAUCUUCAAAGGGCGAUGUCCGUUUCUUCCAUGUCAGAAUUUCAGCGCCUGAUGGAUAUAUCUCCAUUUCUACCAGAAAAAAACUUGCCUUCAUCCAGCAGCAAAGAUGACAUAACCCCUCCCCUGUCUCCUGAUGAUCUAAAAUACAUCGAGGAGUUCAACAAAAAUUGGGAUUACAGUAACACUAGGAACCAUGGUGGGGCCACCGAGAAGCCUGCAGAAGGCUGGGCAGAAAGGACAGAAAUUGGGAAGGCUGGGAAUGAUCCUGCUUCAGAUCCCUUCCAGGCAUCAUCAUGGUACCUCACCACCAGUGUCACUAUGACAACUAACACCAUGACCAGCCCAGAGCACUGCCAGAAGCAGCCAACGAGGAGUCACGGUGUAACUGAAAAAAUGGGAGUUCGGGUAUUUCACAGCCCACCGGUUGUCCGUAGGUUUGAUAACUCAGUGAUAGCUGGCAGCGAAGGGAAAAACCAGGUUGAGCCGGACUUCCUGUUUUCUGUGACCAAAGCUAUGGGGAAUGUUGCUGAGACAAAAGGUGCUUCCUCGGAUAUGUUUGGAAGAUGGUCUUGUGACCUGGCCAAACAUCAUAAGGAUUUUCUGGAGAGUGGUCUUCAUCCCAUUGAACGUCCUAUUUGCACUACUGUGGGCUUUGCCUCACCAUUGCACAGCUUGGAGAUGUCCAAAAACAUGAGUGAUGAUAUGAAGGAGGUUGCUUUCUCUGUCCGAAACGCAAUACGCUCUAAUUCAACAGAGCCUCAGUUUAAGGACACCGCAUGUCAAACCAACGGUAUGAGAACGACAGGGACGCAGACCACCCAGACGAUCAGUGUUGGCUUGCAGACGGAAACCCUGCGCAAUAUCACCAGCAGUCCACACAAGUGUCUGACACCAAAGGGGGGGUCCACGCCUGUCUCUUCACCAUCCAGAAGCCUAAGAAGCAGGCAAGUGACCCCUGUCAUUGAAAAGGUCCAGGCUAAGUUUGAACGCACAUGCUGCUCCCCCAAAUAUGGCUCUCCAAAGUUGCAAAGAAAAAUCCUUCCCAAAUCAGACCAGCCAAAUAACCGGACUUUGCCUGGCACACCUCAGAAAGGAUUCAGUGAGUCCGCUUGGGCUAGAUCAACUACUACAAGGGAGAGUCCCGUCCACACUACCAUCAACGAUGGCCUCUCCAGUUUGUUCAACAUUAUUGACCAUAGUCCCAUCUUUCAUGAGACCUUCCAAAAAUGCCCCAGGUCUAGCAGCCGGUCCAGGUCAGCAGAACCCAGACCAGAACUGGGUCCGGUGCAGGAGCCGUGUACAAAUGCCCGUGGCAGAUCACCCAGUCCUCUCCGGUUGGGGACAGAGACGCAAAAGGAAGAAGGGACUGAGGUGACAAGUAUCAGGCAGGACUUAUCUGCUCCUCCAGGGUACACACUUACAGAAAAUGCUGCCAGGAUCUUGAAUAAGAAACUUUUGGAGCAUGCCUUAAAAGAAGAGAGAAGGCUACCUUCACACAGCCCACCAAAUCUUAGCAAUGACAACAGCACAGGAGAAAUUGUCAAAGUAGAUCCAGGGUCCAUAGAGGAACUACCUUGUUCUGCACUAGCCCCGUCCCUCCAACCCUGCUUCUCCCGGCCAGAGAGACCAGCGAACCGGCGCCCACCGUCGCGAUGGGCUUCACAUUCCCCUACUGCCUCACAGUCGCAGUCCACCGGAGACCUGACUUCCUCGGAGGAGAGCGGAAGCAAGGAGCCGCCGGCAGAGACCCCCAGCCAGGGAAGCGAGCCGGCCUGACUCUGUGCGGGAACAGGGAGGGCCGCGACUCGCCUCCGCCAGGUCGCCCGCCAGCUGUCUCUGCCGCGAAGGAGAGAGGUCCCGCUUGGAGAGGUCAAAGAAUGUUCUCAGACGCAGCUGCUGAAUGUCCGACCUGGGAAACUGAGGUGUUUCUAGAAUGAAACAGUUAAUGUGCCUGUAAUAACUUAAUUUUUUUCAUAGCUGAGAAAACUAUUUUUGUCUCCAUCUUUUCUACAUACAGUAUAUUAACAAAAAACAAAAAACAAAAAAAAGGGUAAAAAUGAUAUAAAGUAAGAUUUAAAAUAAAAUGUAAAUUAAGUUUUAAGGGAAUUUGAAUACGUGCUCGCGCUCUCUCCAAAUACUGACUGCCUUUUGGUUAUAUUUGCACUGUUCUGUUUUCGAUUUUGGUUUUGGGUUUUUUGGGUUGUUGGUUUUUUUUAUUAUUUCAUGUAAAACUAGGGUCUUAAGUUAAUUUUAUUCUAUUUUAAUGUCAGUGUUAUCGGUUUUUAAAAGUAAGGUUCUUAAAGAUGCUUCAACUGUCUGAAGCGAUACCUUUUAAGUAGUGAGGAAAGCCAUUAAGCUAGUUCACUAGACUUGUAUUAAUUGAGAUGGAGGGGAAUACAGGUAAACACAAGAAAAAGUGUAAAAAAAAAAAAAGAAUGCCUCAGAAAGUCUUAUGGAGUUAGCUGUAAAAUACACCUACAAUACUUGACUUGCAUGCCUCUGGGUCCUCGCACUUUAGUGCAUGUACAUACUGCUACUGUACUUCUGCCAUCACAUAAAUGUGAGUCAAUCUGUUUCACUGUAAUAUUGUUGUGAAUUUACCUGUACUGUACUUUUAUUGUUGGUAUUCUUGCAUUGACUAUACAAAAAAAAAAGUUUUUAAAUUAUUGUUAGCGGUUCAACUGGCUAUGUACAGUGUUUACCGAGAACUUCCUUCGUUUUGGGAAAACCACCGAGAUCUCUGGGCAUACUAAAUUGUAACUGGUCUUGUUUAAGGGUCUGUUGGAGACCAUGUGAAGUGGAAAUAAAAUGCUCAGUAUUUACAA